CCUGAUCCUGAACUGAACACUCCACUCCUGACAGCAUGAGCUGCUACUAUGGCAACUACUAUGGUGGGCUGGGCUACGGCUAUGGUGGCCUAGGCUGGGGCUAUGGCUGUGGCUAUGGUGGCUAUGGCUAUGGUGGCCUAGGCUGUGGUUAUGGUGGCUGUGGUGGCUAUGGUUAUGGAUGCUGCCGCCCACUCUGCUACAGUAGAUACUAUUCCUAUGGCUUCUACUGAGGCAUUUCCUCAGCUCCUGAGCCUAUUGGCUUUAACCUCCUGUCUCCCUGGAAUUACCUUCAACAUUCUUCACAGGAGAAAUGUUUGAAUGUCUUCAACUCUAUCAACUAUGUUUCAAACUAUUUGAGAAAAUAAACAAAAUCAAUUACCUAUUUUGAUAUAUCA